ACAUUGACAAGAGCAACCUCUCUUCCGAUGAGUGGGAAGCCAUCGCCACAACCAAAGCCCAGUGAUCUAAAACAAAGCCUCCAGGAAAUGGGCGAAAGAAACAUUGUCGAGGCAGAGAACGCACCCAAUCCAGCCAAUAAGGGUGGUUACCUGAGCCCCAAUAUAUCAGGAUCCUCCUCCCAGAGAAAGGGGUUUGGUCAAGGUCCGGAAUAAAUCGAGAGAUAAGAUCCAGGACCUGAUGACCACCCCUGUUGCAGUGGCAGCUGGGGCUGGGAAACGAGCGGAAAGCCCACCUCCGGCUUACCACACCUUGUCACAUGGUGCUUCUGUAUUACCACAACCACAUGUCGUCGACAGUCCGAGAUCUAAACAAGAGACGAGGAGAUCCAGCAGCGGGACUACAACCCAUCCAGUAUUGACAGACGAUGAAGCCUUCGCUAGAAUGCUGCAGGAGGAGGAGUAUCGCGAGAUACAGCAGGAGCGAGACAUGCUCCUGGCUCUCUCCCUGGCAAACGGAACGGCAGACCGCGGCGAUGUUGAACUGGCGCAUUUCAUGGCGAGGGAAUAUGAAGACUUGAUAGCAUCAACGGGGGCACCAACGGGAGCCACAGCGCAUGGAGUUCAGGCUUCUGAUUCCAAAGAGCUUCCGCAAUUCGAUUUUUCCCAGUGGGACGCACAAACGCAACAAGAGCAACUGGACCAUCUCUAUGCCCUCGAAAUCGAAGAGUCGCUCCGCGCAGAAGAGUUGGCCAACGACGCGGGGUGGGCCGAAGCCAUGAGGCUGCAAGAUGAAUAUGACCGGGAGACAGAGAACCACGAGGCAUGGGAGGAGUACAAGAAGACAAACUUCGAAGAGUGCGUUGUUUGUGGAGACGAGAACCAUAAAGAAGAGUUCCUGCGACCAUGUGAGCACGGAUACUGCGAAGACUGCUUGCAAGCAGGUUUUAAGAAUGCAUUGGCUUCGAAGACCCCGUUCAAGUGUUGCAAGAAAAACUUGAGUGUGGACGACUGCACUGGUCUGGAAGCAGACUUCGUCGUCAAGUACCAGGAGCUGAUACUCGAACUUACAACCCCGAAUCCAAUGUACUGCUGUAAUGUCACCUGCGCAAAGUUCUUGCCUCCAGCAUCGAUUGUGGGCGAGGUUGGCACGUGUGGGAGUUGUAAGACACAGACUUGUCGGCACUGUAGAAAGAGGACCCACCCAGGAGUAUUCUGUGAAGAGGACCGGGAAACGAAAGCUGUCAAAGAUUUGGCUAUGCAGAAGGGUUGGAAGACAUGUCCGGGCUGCAAUCACCUAAUUGAGAGGCAGUCGGGAUGUUUGCAUAUGAUUUGCUCGAGGUGCCAGACCGCAUUCUGCUAUCGGUGUUCAAAGAGGUGGAAUGAUUGUGAAUCGACCUGCCCUGAUCGUCAGUUCCUCGUUCCCCCUCCUUUCAACUGGCUCGUGCUAAUGCUGCAAAUAUAGCAAUAUCAGCGACACACCCAAAAUAUCCAGGGAGGAAUUGAUCCUUCGAGUACCAAGCAUGUUUAUCAGAUUCCUGUUUCACGGGUGGUUGGUCAUGAGAUUCUUGACUCAAAAUUCCUCAAGCUGUUCUUGGAUUUAUACCGAAUAUAAUAAAUAGCAUUCCCUUGUUCUACUUUCUUCUCUCCUUUGCAGUGCUUAAGAUAGGGUCCCGAAGUUCAGAGACCUGGGCUGAAAACAGAUCAAAAGGUUCACCUCAAGUUCCAUUUACAACCUCAUUCAUAAAUUUCACUAGAAUACAUUAUGAAAUCCGUCAAGAAAUUUUAGUCCCUAUAUCUCGCCAG